GGAAGUUAUGCACUCUGUUUCUGCGCGGCUCAGUUGCAGCAGAUAAACCUGCAGCGAUGUCGUUUUGCUCUUUCUUCGGCGGGGAGGCCUAUAAAGACCAUUUUAAACCAGGGAUCUAUGUGUGUUCUAAGUGUGGACACCAGCUGUUCUCCAGCUGCUCCAAAUAUGAGCAUUCCUCUCCCUGGCCGGCGUUCACAGAGACCAUCCUCGAGGACAGUGUGUCCAAACAUAAGGAGAGCCGACCUGGGGCAUACAAGGUGCGCUGUGGAAAGUGUGGAAACGGACUGGGUCACGAGUUUGUGAAUGAUGGGCCAGCCAAAGGUCUGUCCCGCUUCUGAAUAUUCAGCAGCUCACUGAAGUUCGUCCCUAAAGAUAAGGUUGACGGACAGUAAGGUGAGCUGACGACAGAAGGGAUCAGACGUGUCUCUUUGCUGCUGAAGUGUGGACAGCGUAUGAUGGAUUCUGGGACAAAGUCCUUUCAGGGAACUCCAGGACUCUGAUGAAUAAUGACCUCACUGGACAGCAAGAGAACAAUUGUACUAUGCAGCAACAAGACGCACAAAUCACACCCUCCCUGCCUCAUUGCUUUUACACUGAUCAACACUGCAACAAAGGAAUUUAAAAAAAGACAGAUUCGUUUAAGUUUGUGGGUUACUUUAGAUUAAAUUGUGUCUCUACUUUUUAUUAGCCUUUCAGAGAGAAAAAGCUCGUAAAGGUACAUCCAAGAAUUGAAAUACUUUUUUAAAUGCUGGUGAAAGAAGAAAAGCACUUUUAAAAAUGUAUAUUUUAAAGCACGAUUGUAACAUAUCAUUAUAAAACAAGCUCUUCAGUUUAUUCUUAAAGAAGUCAAAUAAAUAUAUUUUAACUUAAA